AUGGCGCUUACGGAAACUAAUUGAUUCAUCGUUCUGUGUACUUGUGGUUUGUCAUUUGUUUAGUGAAAUCCUGAGUAGUUUUCCUUACUUUCUUCGUUUAUCACAUCUUCUAACCAGUGCAACAAGAUUUGAAACUUCCAAUUACUAAUUUAUCGAACGGAAAUAGGGAUAAAUAUCAGCGUACAUCAUCAAAGAUUGCGUGAAUUCUUCGGCGAGAUUCAAUCUUUGGAGAUUCCAAGGAAUAACAACAAUUCAGUUAAUGCGUUGGGAUGUGAUGAGAAGUUAAUGAUCCUCGCUUUCGCCUUCAUUUCAUCUAUUGAGUGGAGAUCGCAAUUUGUUCCUAGUUUCUUCAGCUGGUGUCUGGUUUAAUUAUCCUGUGCGUUCAGCAUUGUUACGAUCGACAUCUCCGUACAUCGGGUCUUCGCUUCUAUUCAUCAGUGUAAUGCAAUAAAAGUAUUUUUGAAGAGCAGACUAAAUAGUCGCUGUUACCGGUCUCCUUUUGGCAUUGGAAUUAUCUGGAAAAGCUACCGCGACUAAUUCGUGUCAAGUAUGAAUGGAAAUGCUAAAAUUCAGGUACAAACCGUAAAUCCUACACGGCAUGUUAAGUCUUCGAGUCAGCCGGGCGAGCUUCCUUCGGCGUUUUUAGAGGACGAUUUUGAUGACAGAGAUGAGCUGAGAGAACGAGAGUUGGAAGAAGCUCGAGCACGAGCCAGUCAGAUGGAAAAGACGAUGCGAUGGUGGUCAGACUGCACCGCAAACUGGCGAGAGAAGUGGGGGAAAGUUCGCGCUGAACGGAACAAAGCCAGAGAAGAAAAUAGACAGUUAAAACUGAAACUGGAGGCCGCAGCUAAGGAAAUUUCGAACUUGAAGCGUGAUAGAUUGGCAGCUCAAGAACUUCAGUCGAAACUUGAGAAGGAAAACGAACGACUGGAGAAGGAAUUAAAGAAAGACAAGCGUACGAUUCCUUCUGCUCGAGUUGAGCCAUCGCUUAAAGAGAACUCACCUGACCAUAGUGAUGGUCUCAAAAACUCUAACGUUUAUGAAACGACAGUGCCGAAAUUAGGAGCUGAGAAACAGUUUAUUGAACAAAUUCUUCAGAAGAACGAGUUUUACGAGGGACAAUGCGAAGAUGGAAAUACCAUCGUUCAUUCUCAUUCUGUUCCCGCUGAGGAACGGAAAAGAAACCGGGCGAGUUCUAAAAAUCAGAAAUCCAUUGAUGGAAGGCAUGCAGAAGAGGAAAGUUCACAACAGGUUGCCCUCGUGCGAAUGAAACUUGAACAAACGGAAAAAAUGCUCAUAGAGGAGAGAAGGUAAACGUGUAUUUUCGGAUAAUUUCAUUUAAUUACUUUUUGCAAGAGGGAAUAAUGGUUGCGCUCACAUUCCUUUGCCAUAAUCUGCAUAAAACUUUGUGUGUAAUCGAGGUCAUAUAUUAUUUACGAAGUUAAACGCAUAAAGGACUUAAGUCUGACAUUUGGUUGUAAGUACUGGAAAAACAUUUGGUAAACAAAACGGUGUAAACCUUCUAACAUUUAAGAUGACAAAUUGAUACUUCUCUUAAUUGGUCAUACUGUGCAGACCCGCUGGUUUGAAGAAUGAGGAUUAUUUUGGGAAUCUCCAUUAGUUAAUUAAACUGUCAAGUUCUUUAUCGAUGGCUACGAUGACAAAAGACUAGAUAAUUUGAGGUCGGCAAAUUAGGAAAAUAGACAUAACAAACAUUUUAAUCUAGUAAAUGAUAAAUUUACCGUGGGAAAUAUGAUGUUUUGUAGACUUUUUGAAGUGUAGCCAAAUAAUACUCAACCACAGUUUCAUAAAAUAACCUGUUGAUCAAUUUGAAGCUCCCACAUCCCUACCCCCCCGGCAACCUACUGGCAACUCACAGGUAUUUGGGGGGGGGGGUGGGGAAUUUGAGCCUAGCCAGGCUGGGGAGGGGAAUUAGAACCAGAAGUGUCAAGUCUUUCCAAUGGAAUAUAGUGUCAUAUCUUUAAAUAUGAAGGUGCUUCAAGUAAAUAGUUCACUUUGCUUGCAAAUGGUUUAGAAGAAAAGGUCUACAAGGUCUAGGUUUUAAAGCUUGGGAAAGCCAUGGUUGCUGAUUUUGCCUUUUACAAAAAACUUAGGUGGGGCAUUUGAACACAAUUUUUUACUGGGGGGAGUAGGAAUCUGAACAAACCAAUCUUGCCCGCUUGUUGCAUUUUGAAAUCAUGCAUAUGAUUUCAGACCAAAUGCACACCACUCAGUUCAAUUACAAUUAUUAUAUGCACCAUGUAUAAACCUUUUGCCAGCAUCUUACAAGACAGGAAGUGAACCAUUUAUGUGAACACAGUUUACAUAAGACACAAAGUGACUAUAUCAAUGGUUGAGACCCUAGUUUGUAACUGAUGAUGAUAUAUUCUGUUGCUUCUUCAUCCUUCCACUAAAUUUUUUGAAAAAUUAUUCCAAUCCUCAAUUUACUAUAAAUUAUCGGAGCUUUUGCCUGUGAUUGUCUCAGCAAACCACUUCCUCCUUGAGGACCAGGAGACUGGUGGCAAAGUUCUAUAUUCUUUUAACAAAGUUGUAUUUUUUUUUUUUCAGUUCCAAACAGAAUCUCGUAGAGGAGUUGGAUGGUCUUCAGGCUGAUCUCACUGCUCUGAAGCUAAAAAAUGAAGAACUCAUGGUGUCUCAUCAAAAUUAUGCUCAGGAGGUUUGUUUUACUUAUGUUUUGCUGUGAAUAAAGCUGGACUGCAUGUUUUAAACUUGGGCACCUUGAUUGAAGAGUUACCACUAAUACAAUUGAUAAAUCUGGCAUGAUUUGGCUGAAAAAAAGUUCUCUGUUGAACUUUUGCCUCGUAUAUGACAUUAAGAGCUAGUUUUGCACUGGCAAUACAGUUGCAGUUAGAUAGCUCUUAAGAUAUAGCAAAUAUUGCAAAUCGUUGGUGCUUGUUAUUAUUUGAUGAUCUUUUGUAAGUAGUUGGUGUAUUGCCUAAGUGGGUCUUUCUGAUUUACUAAAGAUGAUAAUGAUCUAUAGAUUGCAAGUAUAAGAAGCAGACAUGAAAAGGAAGUUGGACAACUUAAUGCUGACUUGGAAGAUGCCUGUAACUCAACCAACAAUUCUGCAAAUGCUCGUAAAAUUAGUGAACUUAGGGGAGAGGUUAGUAGUCACUAGUAGGAUCUGGAAAUGUUUUACUCUUGUUACAGUUGUCAUGACGUCACAAACAUUCACAAAUCAAAAUACUUAGACUUAAUGACUUUCUAUAGGUAGAAAUAUGGUUUCUCAUAAAACAUUUAUUCCUUUAAUUGUUUAAAGAUUGAAAGAUUGCAAGCUGAGAACACACAGGAAUGGAGCAAACGCGAUAAGCUGGAGAGUGAGAAGUUGGCUUUGGAAAGAGAAAACAAGAAGAUGCUAUUGCAAAUUGAGGUUCUUAAUAUUUUUAAUACUGACAUUGGUAAUCUCUUGAUUACUGCUGAAUGCAUGCAUCUCGAAUGUAUGCAUCGACAUCUAACUGAUCUUAAAAUGAGAUGAUUUAUUUUAAGUGUCCAAAGUUUCUGUAGUAUAGUGAUAUUUUUAUGGGCUAAGUUUCUGACCCACUGUUCAAUCCUCGACUUGGAAAACCAAAAGUGGGUCUUCAUUGGGCUUUCUACCCUCCAGCCAAUCUGGCAUGGUGAAAUCUGCCUAGGACUGAACUCACGGCUAGCAUGGCUAAUAAAGUCAUUAAAACAUGCAAGUGUCACUGCUGCAACAAGGCGAUUACAGCACAUGUAUUCAGGCAGCUAGGGUUUGUAAUUUUUUGGUCCCUUAAUUUUAGGGGGAGUACAGCCCCUUCAAAAAGUCUGUGCUUGGGCCAACUGGCCUGAGCUUAUCUUGGUUUUCAUUGCAUGAAGUGACAAGGAAUAUUGCUACUCUCCCCCCCCCCCCACUUGACUUGUGGAUUGGAUGUUAGUCCAUUGCAAAGUUAAUCCCCCAGUAUUUCGUGAGGCUACCCUCUCAAUUUGUGAAAACCCCUUUAUACUUGUGGGUAGAGAGAAGCAUUGUGAGAGAAGAGUGUUUUGCCCAAGAACACAACACACUGACCCAGCCAGGUCCUGAACCUGGAAAUUUGAAACAAGAGUCCAGCACAUUGACAGUGAGGCCACAGUAGAAGAUUAGAGACAGUGAAGUGUCUCUUCCCUUUUAAAACCCACACACAUUUAAUUUUUAAUUUUAUCUCUAAGGACCUGACAUCUCAGUUGACUGAAUCCAGCAAAGCAUCAAAGGGCUUAUUAGGCGCCGAUGUCAAGCAGUUACAAACACAGCUUGAUGAGAAGAACAUAGUAAGUCUAUCGAAAUAACCUUUUUUUUUUCAUUUCACUGGGAGAAAUUACUUGGAUGACAAUGUGCAAAUGAAGAGAGGCUUUUGGUUUUCUUUAUGUUUUGGCUUAUGUUAAGAAAUAAGGGUGCCAGCUGAAAUUUUAAGCAAGGCAGCUGAAAGACAGCAUUCAAUAUUGAAAGAUUAUAAGUGUGUAACCUCAGAAGUGCCCAGCAUUCUUUGCUGAGCAAUUGCCUUUGAACAGGAAAAGGCCCAGACCUUGUUAUGAUACAAACCUUGCUGCUUUUCAAAUGUAAAUUACUUUGUUAUCAUGCUAACUAGAUACUGGUCUCUAUCACAGCAAGGUCACCUUCAGCCUCACUCCAAAUCAAAGGCUUAGCAACUAAGUACACAACUGUAAAAUGACCUAUUGCCAGCCAAAAGCCCAGCUGGCUAUCACUGCUUUUUCAUCUAGCAAGUUUUGCUAGCAGUGGGCUUUUAAGUGACAACUUAAGUUCCUGCAAAUUAGAUGGAGCAGAUCAUGUAAAGUCAAGGCACUAAUGUCCGAAUGAUUACUGUCGCUGGUGAUAAAUAUUGUGCAACCUUGAUAACACAUGAUCAGAGGGUGAUAGAUAUUUAGUUGGUGCAGAUUCGGGAAAUCACUAGAGAGGUUGCUGAAAUGAUGUACAGAGAACAAUGUUUUCUAUAUAUGUCAUCAUUAUGUCCCUGCUUAAGUUUGACUGCAAGUGAUUUUUUUUCACAGGAGUUGCAAGAAUUAAGGCAUGCUUAUGGUAAAAUGAGAAAGCAACUUCAGGAGAAGGUAUAAGUCAGCAUUUUGAGUUUCUGAAAGAGUAUCUUUUCUGUAAGGGUUGUAAUAUGUUACAGGUGGGAUAUGGCAGUCAUGGUAGCCUUGUGGUCUACAUGCAGGUCUUAGAUGAAGAGGUUUAGUUUUUUGCCCAGGCUGGAACAUUGUGUGGAGCAUCUUGUUUUUGUAAAAAGCUCCAGUCUCUUUGCUAUUGAGUUGCUUCCUAUCCAGGAGUGAAUAUACUCCAAGAUGCUUGGUGCUAUACAAACAGGAGAUAGGCAUCAGGAGGCCAUUUUUCAAAGGGUGGAUAAUGCUACCCAAAGGAUAAAUUGCUAGUCACUUAUGUUGUAGACUACACUCACUCAUCCCAAGUGUGCAGCCUUUAUGUUUAUUAAAAAUGAUUGUGUUGUUCAUUGUUAAGGCUGAGGAGCUUAGUCAUGCCAAAAAACGAGUGGAACAGCAUGAGAAUGAAGUCAGAAAACUGAGGACAAGGGUGGAAGAGUUGAAAGUUGAUUUGACCAAAGCUGAAGAUGAGGUAGAAAUCUAAGUCAUUCAGCUAGUUUUGUUGGUUGCGAUGGAAAGGGCCAAAUGUUAAUUGUCAAAACAAUCUAAUUUUUGGAUUGAGUAAUCAAAUUCAUGUAUCUAUCAUUACCAUCAUAACAGAAUUUCUUUGUAAAAUUGGAGCCUUUAAAUUGAGAUCAAGAAAGGGGUUAUAUAUGGCUGUCAUGGAAGCCUGGUGAACAAUACUGAACCAAAAACCAUAACCUGGUAAAUUUAAUCACUUACACAACUGUAGGCAAUUUCAAUAAAGAUUCAGUUACUGGCAGUUUUCCACCAUCUUUAAGACCUUAUUGCUGUCUGUUUAGCCCACAAGCUGAGGCUCUUGUGUUUGGGUUCACCUUACCCCACAGCCAUCUAUCACACCUGUGGCAGCCACUAAUGGCAAAAUGUUUUUGAAACUUGUGCACAACUGCUUAGAAGAGUGUAAUGAAAUAUGUGCUUAUUGUUCAUCAUGGUGUAAGAUUAAGGAGAUGAACUUUGUUCGUUUGUCUCACGAUAGAGUCACUUAUGAUUAGAAAAACAUCAAAGCAAUUUUCAUUCAUCAAUCUGGUAAAUUAUUAAUUUGAUGGGAGAUAGUGAUUAAUUGUCUUGGUUUAAUUCAUUCAUCUAGCUUGACUGUCAAACAAGCAAUAUGAAGAAACUACAGCGCAGUCUGGAUGAACAAACAGAGCUUGCUGACAGUUACAAAGUUCAAUUGGAACACUUAAACUCAAGGUAUUUUAGAAAUGUUUAUGGUUAUAAUUUUAUUCUCCCCCAUGGGCUUAAGUCCAAUUGUUUUAGACAGAUACAUGGUUGUGGGUUAGAAGUUCAUAUUUCCCCAACUUAAGGCAAAAUGUCACAAUGUUUUGAUGGGUUUUUAUGCAUACAUCAGGUUGAAGGCUGGAGGGGUAGCUCCAAGUAUCAAUCCAAGAUAUAAACCUGGACGGGGGUCUUCAACUCAACUAUCAUCAGAGGAAAGUGAGGAGGAAACAUCCUUUUAUUGAAGUAGCAAGAUGAUGGAGGAUUCUUGCAACACAAAUACCAGUGUUUCAGUGGAGAGGAAGACGUGAGGAUGUAGAACCAUCUGAGAUAUGGGGGGUCAGAUGCCAAAAAUGUUCACCUGUGUUUUCACUAAGUCUCUAUGACUUGCAUAAGAGCAGUAAACCACCAACACUAGCACUCUGUUCUCUGAACGCAUGCAUUUUUGGGAAGAAAUUUUGGUUUUUGAAGGGAUAGAGAGCUGUAAUU